CGAAACCUGAGCCUCUACAAUCAAACAUUUCGCACAAAAACACAUGUUCAGAAAUUUUGAAAAGAUGGUGGAAUUCCCCUUUAAGACGCUUUUUCUUCUCCCCACCCGUGUUCGGACAAAUCCCGCCCCUUUGCUAGGAUUGGAUAAUAGAAUCCCAUCAUCUGAGCAGCGAUAGGCUACACUGCUUUGACGUAUGUAAUGUCAGCCAAUCGCAGCGCGGGUGGGCGGGUCUUGUUGGAAUAUAGGUGGGAAAGAAAAACUCCGCGCGUUGAUUCACUCCACCUCGGUUCGGUUCGUCGUCCUCGCUCAUGAGAUGAGAAGCCGCCUCUGCGUCGGAGUGUCCGGUUCUGGUCCAACACAUCCUCUCGCCUCACCGGCAUCUCCUCCACCUCGCCCCCCUCGGCUGGAGCCGUGUUCGUCCUUCGCGAGGCCCGUUGGGAUAGCAGUAAGCGGCGAUGAGCGACUCCCGUCGGCGGCCACGUCCGUCUGAAAUGCCGUUAGAGAUGUAGUGGGCUGUGAGGAGGAGGAGAGACCCGCCGCCGCCGCCGCCGCCGUUCACACACAGUCCCUCGCCGCAUCGCCUCCUCAGCGGCCCCAAACCCAAAAUGUCUACCCGGACGCCUCUGCCGACCGUCAACGAGCGUGACACCGAAAACCACACCUCCCUGGACGGUUUUCCGGAAGUGCCCGUACCACCCGCCAAAUCGGCCAGCCGACAAAGCCUCCCGCGAUGCAGGAACUCUCUGAGCUCCAGCGUGGACGAGCACCCUCACGUCGGCAACUACCGCCUGCUGAAGACCAUCGGCAAGGGCAACUUCGCCAAAGUCAAGCUGGCUCGGCACGUCCUUACAGGACGAGAGGUGGCUGUCAAGAUCAUAGACAAAACCCAGCUGAACCCCACUAGUCUACAAAAGCUCUUUAGAGAAGUCCGAAUAAUGAAGAUCUUAAAUCAUCCCAAUAUAGUUAAGUUAUUUGAAGUAAUCGAGACGGAGAAGACGCUUUAUUUAGUGAUGGAAUAUGCCAGCGGAGGUGAAGUGUUUGACUACUUGGUGGCUCACGGGAGGAUGAAAGAGAAGGAGGCCCGAGCAAAGUUUCGGCAGAUUGUGUCUGCAGUGCAGUACUGCCAUCAGAAGAAAAUUGUACAUAGGGACCUUAAGGCUGAGAACUUGUUACUAGAUGCUGACAUGAACAUCAAGAUUGCCGACUUUGGCUUCAGUAACGAGUUCACCGAGGGCAACAAGCUGGACACAUUCUGCGGCAGCCCUCCGUACGCCGCCCCCGAGCUGUUCCAGGGCAAGAAGUACGACGGGCCCGAGGUGGACGUGUGGAGUUUAGGGGUCAUCCUGUACACCCUCGUCAGUGGAUCGCUACCUUUCGAUGGACAGAACCUGAAGGAGCUGAGAGAGAGAGUGUUGAGAGGAAAGUACCGCAUCCCCUUCUACAUGUCCACGGACUGUGAGAACCUGCUCAAGAGGCUCUUGGUGCUGAACCCCAUCAAACGUGGCAGUUUAGAGCAAGUCAUGAAGGAUAGAUGGAUGAACGUGGGCCAUGAGGAGGAGGAGCUGCAGCCUUAUACAGAACCAGAACCUGAUUUUAAGGACAACAAGAGGAUCGAACUGAUGGUGACGAUGGGAUUCCCGAAGGAUGAGAUCACGGAGGCCCUCGUGGGACAGAAAUACGAUGAGGUCAUGGCUACGUACCUCCUAUUGGGCAGAAAAACUCCAGAGUUCGAAGGCAGCGAAUCUCUGUCCAACAGCAAUCUGUGUCCCAGGCCCCGCCCUACCAGUGACAUCAACAACAGCUCCAGCCAGUCGCCCGCUCACUCCAAGGUUCAGCGCAGCAUAUCGGCCACUCAGAAGCAGCAGCGGCGGUUCAGUGAUCAUGUGGGUCCCUCCGUCCCGCCGGCUGUGUCCUACACCAAGCGCACCCCAGCCAGCUGUGUGGAGAGUGAGCAGAAGGAAGAGUGGGACAGUUCACGCAAACUGCUGGGCUCCGGCUCCAAGGCGGACGUGCCGGCGUCUCCUCUGGCUGCGCAGGACAGGAAGAAAGCAGCUGCUGCAGCCGGCACAAAUGGAGGCAUGGCUCGAAGAAACACGUACGUGUGCGAGCGCUCGGCUGACCGCUACUCGGCCGUACCCAACGGCAAAGACAGCAGUUUGACAGAGGUCUCUGGCAGCACUACGUCGGCUUCCGGAACUGCGUCGGCCCUGGUGUCCACGAGACCGCGACACAUCAAGUCUAUGUCCACCUCCGGCGCCUCCUCCAAAACAGCCCUGCCCCCUAUAGAAGACAAUAGUGAAUACAAACCGAGCUCAAGUCCCAGGCCCCCGUCUACCUCGCCCUCGGCUCACAGCAUCAGCACCCCUGAGCGCACGCGCUUCCCCCGAGGAACCACCAGCAGGAGCACUUUCCACGGAGCCCAGCUGCGCGACCGCCGGAGCGCCACCUACAACGGGCCACCCGCCUCGCCCACGCUUUCUCACGACACGGGGGCUCUGGCCCCGGCCCGCAGGGGCACCUCCACAGGCAUCAUCAGCAAGAUCACCUCCAAGUUUGUGCGCAGGGUUCCGAGUGAGGGGGAGGCCAGUGGCAAGACAGAGACUCCAAGGAGCACGUCGGGGGACUCGAGGGAGGAGAGCCGGGACUCCAAGCCGCGUUCGCUUCGCUUCACGUGGAGCAUGAAGACCACCUCGUCCAUGGAGCCGGGCGACAUGAUGCGGGAGAUCCGGAAGGUUCUGGACGCCAACAACUGCGACUACGAGCAGCGUGAGCGCUUCCUGCUGUUCUGCGUGCACGGAGACGCCCGCCAGGACAACCUGGUCCAGUGGGAGAUGGAGGUGUGCAAGCUGCCCCGGCUCUCGCUCAACGGCGUGCGCUUCAAGAGGAUAUCGGGGACGUCCAUCGCCUUUAAGAACAUCGCCUCUAAGAUCGCCAAUGAGCUAAAGCUAUGAGAACGGUAGAGGAACCCAGAGGAACCCGGACAUGGCUCUGAUGGGCUGGGGUGAGGCUUGCAGUGGUAAGUAAGCAGCCAGACCCGAGGAGCUGCCUUAACAAACCUGCGCGUUGGGAGGAAGAGAACGCGCAGUGCUCAUUCUGUAUAACUUUGUUCCGUUAGCGUUCGGUUCCAGACACAUAGGUUCAUCAUCUCAGAGUCUGAUGACGGCGGCAGACUUUAAUGUUAUUUUGUAACUGAUGGGAGCGGAUUGUAAUUAGCUGUGGUGCGAACGUGGCUAUCUCCCUGUGGCGUUUGGAUCAGGUGGGUGUGAACGUUUUGUGCAAUAGCCACCAUGUAGAAUGUAACUGGUACUGCUUUGAGAGUAUAGAGCUGCCAUUGUGACCAAUACAGUGGUGAUGCUAAACGUGAAAACCCUGAGCUCUGAUUCACUGAACAACAACUCCUGCUGAGUACUAUCUAUAGAACACAGUGGCUCAACGAGCAUGCCUGCAAUAAAGGUUUUACCUGCCUUCUUAGAAGGAAGAAAAUGCCAACGUUGAAUGACUGAGAGCAGCCACCAGUUAGCAUUAUGCAAAUCUGAUCGUGCUACUCGGUAGUCUCGAGGAGGCUGACGUCAUCUUGCAACAUGAAUACACGUCUGAGGACAACUUCAUAAGCUUUUGGUGGUGGAUCGCCGCUGAGAAGGGUGUGCUAGAUAUACAUACAUACAUGCCAGCUUGUGUGAAGUUCUCAGCUGCUAUAUUGGUCAAACUCCACUUGUAAACAAAUACACCUGUAUUGAGAUGAUUAAAUCAGGCGUAUUACUCAUUUUCACCAAAUUUGUUUUGAUAAUAGUAGUCAUAUAAUAAGAAUCAGCUAAUCAUAACAACACAUAUUCUGCAUGUUGCUGAUUAUUUAAAAUUCCAAUUUCUAUAUUUGUAACUCCUUGGUUAAAAACAGCUAAACACAAAAGGUUGGAAACUAAAAUAAGGAAGAUCAUAAAAGCCAUAAGUCACAGAUUGAAGUAAUAUUCAGAUGAACAUGUAUGUGUUUAUCUGAUGCUUACAGGAAGUGGAAGGAUCCCUCUUGAGCAAAGAGACAGCAGAUCAAAUGCGACACAGUCAACAUGUUCAAAAAUCUUAACAUGUGCCUAGACAUUAAGACUUAACUAGCUGUCGUAAAACUACGAAUAAUAACAAUACAUGCCAAGUGUAAGGACUUACACUUGUGUCACAGUAGUGUCACAAAUCAGCAAAGCUAUCAAUCAUUACUCACUUCAGCUUCAUGCACAUGGAAAUGUAAACGGUUAUGGCUGGAGUUACGCUGGAUUUG